AUGCCAAACGGAUGCACGCAAAUAUAUACAAUAUUACUAAUAUCAUGUACAUUACAGAUCAUCCUCGCCUGUGUUGCCACAAUGGCAUUUGCUGCCCCUCAGUACAGCUCCAGCGAGGAGGCUGAGUUUAUCCCAAUCCUUAAGGACGACCGCGUCCAAGAGGACGACGGAACAUACAGCUUCGACUUCGAAACUGGCAACGGCAUCAGCUUCUCCCAGGCUGGAUCCCCCGACGGUGAUGAGGACGCUGUGAUUAAGGCCGGAGAAUACUCCUACACCGCUCCUGACGGCACUGAAAUCCAUCUCCGCUUCGUGGCUGACGACAACGGCUUCCAGCCCGAGGGUGACCAUCUGCCCGUGGCUCCCGAGUUCCCCCACCCGAUCCCUCAGUUCGUCCUCGACCAGAUCGCCUUCGCCGCCGAGGAGGACGCCGCCCGCGCCGAUUCCGAUGAAAAAUAAAUCCAAGCUUUUCCGACAAAACGUAAAACUGUUCAAAUCACCCAAAAAAAUGUAUUUAUUUAUUGAGUAUUGUAAUAAAUAUAUCGAGUGAAUAUC